AUGGGAACCGAUGCGAUCGAGUCGCCGCGCAAGCGUCCACCGCGUCUGAACGUCGGCCACAGCGCGGAGUCAAGUCACACGGUGGAUGAGGAAGACGAUGCGGAAACAAGUGCGACGCUCUCAUCCAUCGCGCUGUCUCCGCCGUCUACAGCGUCACGCUCGAGUUCCACGAACACUUCUGUUGUCAAUGCACAGAAGACGAGCAAGACGCAGUCGGCACUAUACAAGCAGGUGGAGGUGCGUGACGAUGAAGAAAGGGAGGCACUUGCUGGAAAAAGUGGUGUAGACAAGCACGAGCUCGAGAGUGGGGAGAACGAGGUCCGACACUCGGCCGUGCAGCAGUUCCGGAACUGGCUACGACGGCUGCGACAGACGUUUGGCACGUCUUUUCUCUUACUGGUAAGCACCGUGUAUGCUGUGCAAGGGUUUAUGAGCUUCAGUGCACUAGCAGUCAACUACUUUUUCAAGGACAACUUGCAGCUGCAGCCAGCAGAGUCGCAGUCGCUCCUGACUGUCAUGAUGGUGCCGUGGGGAGUUAAGCCGCUGUAUGGCAUCAUUUCGGACAGUUUACCGCUCUUUGGAUACCACCGCAAGUCCUACAUGAUACUAUGCAGUGUUCUUGGUACGAUGUCAACUCUCACGUUGGCUGUGCCGGACAUGAUUACAACUCCACUUGGUGCCGUCCUGGUGCUCAUGCUGAGCAGUCUAUCGACGGCAGUAAUUGACGUCGUUAUUGACGCAAGGGUCGUUGAGAUGUCAAGAUUGGACCCGAAGUAUGGAGCGAAUGAUCUUCAGUCAGUGUCCUGGGUGUCCGUGUCGGUGGGAGGCGUGCUUGGCUCCUUUCUAUCGGGUCCUGCAACGCAUAAAUUAGGUGUCCGUGGCGUGUUCUUCUUCGCGGCUAUCGGGCCACUUACAAUUUUGGUUCUCUCCACGUUCAUGCAUGAAACGAAGUCGACAGUGAGCAAGCGUCACUGGAAGUCCUCGGCGAGGAGGCAGUUGCAGCAGCUGAAAUGUGCAAUUUGCACACCCGUGAUUUGGAUGUGCGCGCUUUGGGUAUUCCUGUCGGGUGCCAUCAGUCCGGGGUAUUCGCAGGUGUUUUUCUACUUCUCGACAGAAGUGCUAAAGUUUACUCCCGAAUUCCUUGGCGUUGUCACGGCCUUUGGUUUUCUCUUUUUAGGGGUGGGCACCAUGCUGUACAACGCCUGCUUUAAAGACAUGUCAUUCCGUCGCAUCUUCUUGAUCGCGCAGAUCAGUCUGGCGGUCGUAUCGCUGUUGGACGUUGUUCUGGUUACGCGCUAUAACUUGGAGAUGGGCAUCCCUGACAAGGCAUUCGUGCUGGGUGACGCCGUUGUUGCGGACGUAAUCAGUCGCUUAAAAACGAUGCCUGUGAUGGUACUAUGUGCUAAGCUGUGCCCGAAGGGUAUCGAGGGCACUCUAUUUGCUCUGUUGAUGUCUAUUGGUAAUUUUUCUCGCUGCGUAAGUGAAAUUUUGGGCGCUCUAGUCUGCACAUGGAUGGGUAUUGCCAAGGACGAGUACGACAAUUUAUGGCUUGCCAUUGUCUUACGCAGCGUCUUGAAAGUCGUUCCCAUUUUCUUCCUUUUCCUGAUCCCGGCAACAGAUCCCCAAGAAAUGGUAGACAAACUGGAUUUUGGCUCACCUUCCUGCGAUACUUCUUCGAAGGACGAUGUAGAAGAGGAGGCUGAUGAUACAGACUCGGGCAUGAUACGUGAAAACCACACGGUGAAUAACUGCUCACCGACUGGAGAAGUAAUGCUUGAACACACCGUUGCUGUUGUUGUUUGA